ACGCUUACUUACGGUCCGGACACACACACACACACACACACACACACACACACACUCACCCAGCGCAGUUUAACCUCUCACACUUUUCCAUAAACAUAAACACACUCUGGCUCAGAGCUCAGCGGCCCUCCGGCAGGACCCGGCUCAGAAGAUGGCCUUAUUCAGCUGCUGCAAGUUCCAGGCCAGGAGCUGCUUCAUGUUAUUACUGUGUAUAACCUUUACCGUGUCAGUCACUUACUACAUCCAGUUGCCCAAUGACUGGAUCAGCAGUGUUUCUGAUAAUAUCUACUCUUACUACAGAAAUCUAACAGUACACUCACCUCCUCGACCAAGACACAUGCAAACCACAGACCAGAGAACUACAGCCGACAGCACACCUGCAGUAAUGAGUGUGACCAGCCGUGCAAACACCAAAGCUACUGAAGACUUAAUGAGCACUGUUGCACCCACACCUUACAAUGCAGCAUACCCACAAAACUACCACUUCAUUCUGGAUGAGCCAGAUAAGUGCAAGCAGGAGAACCCGUUUCUGGUCCUCAUGGUCCCAGUGGCUCCACAUGAACUGGAGGCUCGAAAUGCCAUCCGGAGCACGUGGGGUAACGAGACUGUGGUCCAGGGCAAAACCGUCACGGUGCUGUUUCUGGUUGGCCUGCCUGGAAUCAAGACUGAGAAGCAACAGGAGGAGCUGAACCUGGAGAGCCAGAAAUACCACGACCUGAUCCAGAGCGACUUCAUGGACACCUACCUCAACCUGACCAUAAAGACCAUGGUCAUCAUGGAUUGGUUGGCCAGACGUUGCCCUCAGGCAGCCUACUCAAUGAAGGUCGACUCUGACAUGUUCCUGAAUCUGGACAACAUGAUGAACUUGCUGCUGGCACCUGAAACCCCCAGAAUAAACUACAUCACCGGGAUGGUUAUGUGGAACCGGCCAGUCGUCCGAGACCCAGCGUCCAAGUGGUACGUGCCACAGGAACUCUACCCGGAGGACUACUACCCAACCUACCUUCUAGGAAUGGGCUACAUCUUUUCCAAUGACCUUCCAAAGAAGCUCGUUGAAGUUUCAAAGGACAUUCAGCCAUUCAACAUAGAGGACGCAUACGUGGGCACCUGCCUAAAAAAACUAGGCAUUGCUCCUUCCACCCCUCCCAAUCCCUCACAGUUUAAAGCCUACUUUAACGGGAACUAUCAGCGGGAAGAGUUUCAAAGAGUGAUCACCACCAUCCUUAGCUCUCCACAGCAGCUGAUCAAAUUCUGGCAGGACUCAAGAAGGCCAACAUGAAGGACUGGUGAAAAGAUAGGCGGCAUGUGGUCACUUAAUAUAUUUCCUUAUAAUACAUUUGCAUUUUGUUGUACAAAAACAAAAAUUGCGGUCAUUGAAUGACUUUAAAAGUAUUUAUACUGUGAACUUUGUUUGUUAGUUUUAACAGCAUGAAUGAAUAUUUAUAAUGUGAGGCUCAAAAACAUAUAAUGGGUUGAAACCAAAAUGGCAACAUGUCAUUCUAAGCACAUUUUUAUUGUUGUUUUUAUUUAAAAUGUGGAUCGAAGGUAGAGGCCAAGCACUCUUGGAAUUAGUUGAUUUUUUAUUUAACCUUUUAUUUCCUUUCAGUUUAUUCAGAACUGACUGCUGGUGCAGUCACACUGUGCAAUAUGCUGUUAAAAAAGGUCCAUGCUUUUUGUUGAAACUACAAACCAUGUGGGUGGAAAGUGAAAUGUUUUUGGAUGCAGUUUUGGCAAAUUAAAGAUAAAAAAAUGUUUUCAGGUAAUUGAAAAGACAUUUAAAUCCUUUCAGUGAAAAUUCAUAUAUCAUAUAUCAUAUAUUUCUCCUAGUUAAAAAAAAAAAGUUAUUUUCUAUUAAUUUGGCAACUUUUGCAUGUUAAAAUAAGCUUUAUUAAGACUUAUAUUUCUUUAAAACACAAUAAACAAUAAUGAGGAAAACAACUAAAUUCUCCCCAAAUAGAGAAAUAGUUGAUUUAUAGUUACAAUAUGUCAAUAGUUAACAGGUCAUUAUCAGAAUACUGUGCCUUCUGUCCCUCAAUUAUAUAUAUUGGGAGUGGCGUCACGUUAACCUGUUCUGUUUCAAAGAUACAAAUUAUAUUCACAUUUUCCGAAGUAAUUGUAAUUACUGUGAUAUUUUACCACGGCAGGGUGUAAAUAUUAAAUGAAAUGAAUAUUAUUAACUAAUUGCUGAACCUGCAGCAGGAAACGGUAUGAACGUUGUGAUGUCACUGAUUUUAUAAAAAUGUAAUGCCAUUACUUACAGUAAAAUGAAUCUGUCUAAUUAAAUUCAAUGUCAAAAUGCAAAACAAGUGAACCAGCAUGAAGCUUGCUCAGAAAUGUAACGGCAGUUGUUGAUGCUGGCCACCCUUAGAGGUAGAACUAUUUUAGUGAUCUGAUCGUUUAGCGCUGCUCGAUUGUUGCAAUGUUGAUCUUUUGUCACUUGUUCAUCUGUUAGUCUUGAUUUAACACUGCCAAAUUUCCUGUGCAACAGAUGAAACUCUCUUUCUUUUCUGAAGCAGUCCUGAUGAGCGCCAGUUCAAUCAUAACAUUUUUAAUAGUGUUUGUGACUGCACUUAAGGCACUUGCACUUACCUGAGUUCUAGUUCUUCUAUUCACUAUUCACUGUAUACCUGUAACUCUACCUCUUCACUACUUUACUUUAACUGAUGCUCUCAAACUUUACAUUAAGAAACAAGAAAUUCAAGUAAUUAACUCUUGAUGAGUUCAGCACAGCUGUUAACUGAAAGCCUGAAUUCCAGGAGACUCUACCUCAUAAAGCUGGCUGAAUAAAUGUCACGCCUGUUAA